AUUUCUUUGUUCGUCCUUCAGAUCCUUGCAGUUCAUUGAGUCCACCCUGCUUUACUGAGGAGGAUCGAUUCAGUCUGGAAGCUCUCCGCACAAUCCACAAGCAAAUGGAUGAUGACAAAGAUGGUGGUAUCGAAGUAGAUGAAAGUGAUGAGUUUAUCAGAGAAGAUAUGAAAUAUAAAGAUGCUUCCAAUAAACACAAUCAUCUGCACAGGGAAGACAAACAUAUCACCAUUGAGGAUCUGUGGAAAUGCUGGAAAACCUCUGAAGUUCACAACUGGACUCAAGAGGAGACUUUGCAGUGGCUGGUAGAAUUUGUUGAACUGCCCCAGUAUGAGAAGAAUUUUAAAGACAGUAAUGUCAAAGGAACAACGCUUCCCAGGAUAGCAAUAAAUGAACCUGCUUUUAUGAUCCAUCAUCUGAAAAUCAUUGACCGGAGCCACAGACAGAAACUUCAACUGAAGGCAUUGGAUGUUGUUUUAUUCGGACCUCUUGCACGCCCAUCUCACAACUGGAUGAAGGAUUUUGCACUAGCAAUUUCUAUAGUGAUUGGCUUUGGAGGCUGCUGGUUUGCACAUUCUCAGAACAAGACCUCAAAAGAGCACAUCACAAAAAUGAUGAAAGAUCUAGAAAGUCUCCAGAAAGCAGAGCAAAGCCUCCUUGAUGUGCAGGAGAGGCUUGAGAAGGCACAGGAAGAAAACAGGAAUGUUGCUGUAGAAAAACAAAACCUGGAGCGUAAAAUGAUGGAUGAAAUCAAUGAUGCAAAACGAGAAGCUUAUCGACUGAGGGAACUGAGGGAGGGAGCUGAAUGUGAACUGAGCAGACUCAAAUAUGCAGAGGAGGAACUAGUACAGGUUCGCAUGGCUUUAAAGAAGGCUGAGAAGGAGUUUGAGCUGAGAAGUAACUGGUCUGUUCCUGAUGCAUUACAGAAAUGGCUCCAGUUAACACAUGAGGUUGAAGUACAGUACUACAAUAUUAAAAGACAAAAUGCAGAAAUGCAACUAGCGAUUGCUAAAGAUGAGGCAGAAAAAAUUAAAAAGAAGAGAAGCACUGUGUUUGGGACAUUACAUGUUGCACACAGCUCCUCCCUAGAUGAGGUGGACCACAAAAUCCUUGAAGCAAAAAAAGCACUCUCUGAAUUGACAACUUGUUUACGAGAGCGUCUCUAUCGAUGGCAGCAGAUCGAGAGGAUCUGUGGCUUUCAGAUAGCACACAACUCAGGAUUACCAAGCCUGACGUCCUCUCUGUACUCUGAUCACAGUUGGGUGGUGAUGCCCCGAGUCUCCAUUCCUCCUUACCCAAUUGCUGGGGGAGUGGAUGACUUAGACGAAGACACCCCUCCAAUAGUUGCACAGUUUCAUGGGUCCACUGUUAAGCCUCCCAGCACAUUAGCAAGAAGUAGUAGUCUGUGUCGCACAAGGCGCAAUGUUGUGCCAUCAUCUCCGCAGUCUCAGCAUACUCAAAAUGCUCAACAUCCGCAGCAUACCCUCCACUCCCCUGACCCUGACAUCCUGUCAGUGUCAAGCUGCCCUGCCCUUUAUCGUACUGAGGAGGAGGAAGAGGCAAUUUACUUCACUGCUGACAAACAAUGGGAUGUACAGAAUGCAGGUUCAGAGUGUGACUCCUUAAACUCGUCCUUUGGAAGGAAACAGUCUCCUCCAUCAACUCUUGAGAUGUACCAAACUCUGUCUCCACAAAAGGUAUCCCGGGAGGAACUGUCUCAAGAGGAAUCAUCCACAGGAGACUCCUCAUCGCUAACUGCAGAUAUUUCCAGGGGUUCUCCUGACUGUGCAGGAUUAACAGAAACAAAGAGCAUGAUAUUUAGUCCUGCAAACAAAGUGUACAAUGGCAUCUUGGAAAAGUCCUGCAGCAUGAACCAGCUUUCUAGCGCAACCCCAGUCCCAAAGCCUCGCCAUACCUCUUCUUCCUCGGCCAACAGUGAAAGUAAACCCAUUCAUCAAGUCUCCACUGUCCCUAGGAUAAGUAGCAUCCCACAUGACCUAUGCCAGAAUGGUGAAAAAAACAAAAAGCCGUCAAAAAUAAAAAGCCUCUUCAAGAAAAAAUCAAAGUGAGGCAUGGAGAAGUAGCCCAUAACAGUGGCAGUGUUAGACUUUCUAAACUUUAGGAACAUAGUUCCAUUUGGGUCUUCCAGACCGUUUGUCAUGGUGGAAUGCCCAAUAGGUCAACUCUAUUAUUUAAAUGACUCUAAAGUUAAAGAUCAUGUCAGAAAUCAAAAGUUCAGACAGUUUAGUCAUUUCUGCCUAUUUAUUUCUGCUUUGUUUUUAGUUACAUAUAACUUUUGUAAAAUGCCACUUUGGACUUACAAGCUUUAAUGGACUAGUAAGCCUACAUGGGCUUGACAACAUUUCUUGUUUACCAGAUCAUCUUCUUAUCUUUCCAUGGAGCUAUAACAUUUACCUACUGGACUUAAGUAACUUAAAAAAAGUAAAAUUAAUUAAAUUGCACUACUGUUUUCCAGACUGGAAAAGUAUCUCUCUGCAAGUGAAACUGUAAGAUUUAUAAAUGACUGAGGAAAUGGGUCUUUACAAUUUUAGAUCUGUUUGGGGUUUUAAAUAGAACCUACGAUUUCGAAAUGACUUGAUUUCGGGAAAUGGAAACCUCACACUUUUAUUAUGAGACAUUUCAUUAGAUGCAUCUAUAUUAGAACAGUUCAAGUCCUGCUGUAAAGACCAUAUUUUCCCAGGGCUUUCACUGUGAUUUUACUGCAUUGCAGGAUGUAUGAUAAAAUAUAUAGAUAAUUUAACAAGAGAAGAAACUCUUGAUUCCUUAGGCAAGCAAUGGAUUGAAACUUGAUUGAAGAACUUUAACCAUUCAUAUGCUUAAAGUGGGGAGGGGGAGAAUACAAGCACUUGUUUACAGACUUUGAUAGGCAAAGGAUGUUUGGUUUAUGAAAAUUUGUACUGUUGUAAAGAUAAUAAAUUGGAGACAUUCUUGUGCUUGUAAUUGUUCUGAUUUUAGCUGAUCUCUUUCAGACAUAUUCCUGAGGACCUGUUUAUUGAACUUACUAUAGGCUGCAUUGCUUAUGCUUAUAAGUGUAUAAAUUUUUUUGUUAUUAGCUUUUAUCCCUUUGUGGGAUUUCAUACUGUUUAUUUUUGUAUAGUUUGAGAAGUUAGCUGUUUGGACAUGUCUGCUUGAAGUAAAUGAUCUCUUAAUUUUAUAACACA